CCUGCUGCCUCAUCUAUCACUUGAUGGUUCAACACACACCACACACAUAAAACAUAGAGACAUGCCUUCCUCUACACGUCCUCGCGCAGCCGCCGCCGUCGCCGGCGUGCUAGCGGCGGCGGUGGCUGCAUUGUGCCUCCACGGUGCGGCGGCGCAGCUGUGCGAGACCUACUACGACGACACGUGCCCCGACGCCUAUAACAUCGUGAAGCAGGUGCUCAUCGACGCCCACAAGUCCGACGUGCGCAUCUACGCCAGCCUCAUCCGCCUCCAUUUCCACGACUGCUUCGUCCAGGGCUGCGACGGGUCGCUGCUGCUGGACGGCGUGCCGGGGGUGAUCAACUCGGAGAAAGGCGCGCCGCCCAACAACAACUCUGCGCGGGGGUUCCCGGUGGUGGACAAAGCCAAGGCGGCGCUGGAGGGCGCCUGCCCCGGCGUCGUCUCCUGCGCCGACAUCCUCGCCCUCGCCGCGGAGAUCUCCGUCGAGCUGUCCGGCGGCCCAAAGUGGGGCGUUCUGCUGGGGAGGCUGGACGGCACGACGGCCGACUUCAACGGCGCAUCCAACCUGCCGGCGCCCUUCGAAAACCUCACCGUGCUCCAGGGAAAGUUCAAGGCCGUCGGCCUUAACGACGUCGACCUCGUCGCUCUCUCAGGGGCCCACACAUUUGGUAGGGUACAAUGCGCAAACAUAGCCGACGCCCCAGCUGACCGACUCUACAACUUCAGCGGGACGAACCGACCUGACCCGACCCUGGACUCGGCUUACCGAGCAUUUCUAUCCCAGAGGUGCCCGAGAAAUGGCAACAGCAUGGUUCUCAACGAUCUUGAUCCAACAACACCAGAUAUCUUUGACAAGAACUACUACACGAAUCUUGAAGUGAACCGGGGGUUCCUCACUUCCGACCAGGAGCUCAAGUCCUCGCCCCAAGCACGGGGCACAACGGCACCGAUCGUCGACCAGUUUGCGAGGAGCCAGGAUGCUUUCUUCAAGAGUUUUGCACAGUCCAUGAUCAACAUGGGGAACAUUAAGCCCGUGACUGACCCCUCCGUUGGAGAAGUCCGUUGCAACUGCAGAAAGGUUAACGACAGUUAAAAACGUGGAUGUGCUCCGGUAGUUUCAAUAGUACAGAUCAAGUACCUUGGCUACUGUAAUGUGCAGAUCAUUACUUAUUAUUCUUCAGUUUUAUAAUUGUUCAUAAAUGUGCAAUAAAGAGGAAACAAUAAUUUCUCCUGUUAGCUGACAA